GUUCACAUAAUUUUCCCAGCUGUUCACCGCGUCCGAACGCGCUUUCGCGAAAAAAGUUAAUUCACAAACGACCACGACCGCGUCGCGCCGGAAAAUAGAAUGUCCAACGAUACGACGUGCUGUGCAGUUUUCUCUCCGUCGUGUUGAUUGAUUUCCCUGCCCUGCGGUUUUCCACCACCCACAGAUGCGCGCUCACACACGCCCUGCGGACGUGCUGCAUACAUAUGUACUACAACAACAGAGCUGCAGCCCAAUCGCAUCGCGUCUGAUUGAAUCGCAGUCAAGUGUUUUGUUGUUUAGCCAUUCUACGUGGUGCGAAUAGUAUAUGCAAAUCCUAAUUCCACUCGCGGAACGAAAGUGAAUGUCGGCGAACACACAAUAAAAUUAUGUAAAGACAAUAGCAAAAAAUAGCAAUUCUCUGCCUUUUUGUGUGCAAUGCGCUUAUCAGAGUGUCUGCCCAUUUAAUGGAAGCUGCGCCGGCACAAUGUGCUGCCUGCCGCAACCCGUGCUAGACCUCCUUCACUCACAGCAGCAGCAGCAGCAGCAAGAGAAACGCGACAGGCAACGACAGCGGCACAUCAAGCAGAAACUUAAAAUAGCCGGAGCCCCUUGUUGAGCGCCACUCAAAUUGCAGACACUAUAGGCAAUAUCGACUGCAAUAGAAUAAGGAACUGCUAAGAUUAUAAUGAAGAAAACUUAAUAGACUAAUAUGUGCUGAAAUAAUUGGAUUACUCGCCAUGCAAAAGGACAUCUAGAGGAGGAAAACCAACAUAAUUGGCGUGACAACACUCAAGUACUGGACAGGCUAUAAGGAAAACCAUCAUACUGGAGGCCUCACUCACUUUAAAGCGCAUUUUUGCUCGCAAAAUUGGCUACAACACGAAAUCAAAGUCAAUUUUAGCGGCCAUGCGCACGAAACACUUGAUCCUGAUACUGAUCGGGGUGAUAUUCGCAACGAUCGUGUUCAUCGCCGUUGGCCCAGCCGGGGAGCCGAACGAUUCAUUCAAGAACAUCGUCGUCCAGACGCACCAGCAGCUGAAAGAGUUCCAGGAGAACCUACGCGUGGGCCUGGAGCGGAAGAAGCUCGAAAUAGAUGCCAAGUAUCUGGUGCUGCUUGGAUUCACCUCCUCCAAGGAUGGCUCGCCACAGCAGCAGCAAAAGGAGCUGCAGCAGAAUCAUCAGCAGCUGCCGCAGACGGACCUCCCAGCUCCUGCUACCAAGGCGGAACUGGAGCUCAGCGAUCUGCGUCGCCAGCAUGCACAAGAAGCGGGCGCCAAUGCGCAGCACGGCGACGACCAGGAGAGGGAGAAGGAGAUGGGGCAGCACAGGAGGAUCACAACACCAUACAAUGGCACCAAGAGCAACUUCACCAUUGUCACGUACGUGCAGGAGGGGCAGGCGCCAUCGGCCAUACUGCUGGCCCAGAACAUCGCCGUUAAGCUGCCCGGCGAGCAUCUGCUCAUCUACGACCUGGGCGUGUCGGAGGAGCAACUGAAAGCCCUCAACGCCUACUGCAACAUCAGCCGUUGCGCCGUCAUCACCUACGACCUGUCCGAGUUCCCCUCGUUCGUCGCCGACCAGCGGACGCACGCCUACCGGCCCAUUGUGAUAAAAGACGCCCUGCUGCGGGCCCGGUCGGUGCUGUUCGUGGAGAACUACAUGCGGAUGCGCGGCGGCUACCACGAGCUGCAGGAGCUGCAGAGCCGCGGCAUGGUGGCCGGUGUCCUUGGCUGGAACACGCCCACGGCGGUGUCCUCGCUCACCCAUCCCAAGAUGUUCGACUUCUUCGAGUCGGAUGCCGAGGACUUCAUAUUCCUGCGGAUGGUCGAUCUCGAUGUGGUCUUCUUCGUGGACAAUCUGUUUGUCACCGAGAAGAUCAUGCUGCCGUGGCUUAAGUGCUGCCUCACCCAGGAGUGCAUCGAUCCAAUUGGUGCCCAAUCGAACGGCUGCAAGUUCAACAAGAAGCCCUUGUAUCGGUACUCCGGCUGCCAUGGCUACGAUGCAUCCGCCUUCAACAUUGUGCUGGGUCUGACUUGGCGCUGGGACAACUCGAAGUACUCGCUGCCCAGCGACGAUGCCAAGAACAUGUUCUACAAGGAGACCCUGGAGCAGGCAACACGCAUUCUGGAGAGUCGACGUCGCAACAGCAGCGAGACAUCCGAUCAUCCGUUCACGGAGGACUGAGCGCAGGCAGGAGUAGGAUCAGCAUUUGAUAUAACAUUUUA